AUGUUCAUUUUGAUUAAUAAACUGAAAAGAGUUAAACUGGCUCUUAAAGAGUUGAAUAAAGUAGGUUUUACAGAUAUUCAAGCAGCAGAUUUGAGAGCUUAUCAGACUAUGGUGAGUGCACAAACUGCAAUGCAUAAUAAUCCUUCUGAUCAAAGUUUUGCAGAUGCAGAGUUGAUUGCAAUUCAGGAGUAUAAGGAGAAACAUAAUGCUUAUUUGGCUUUCCUCAGUCAGAAAGCAAAAUUGUCUUGGCUUAAAGAUGGAGAUGAGAAUACUUCUCUUUUUAAUCAGAGUAUCAAGACUAGAAAAGUUGAGAACCAAGUGUAUAGCAUUUAUGAUAUGCAAGGAGAAUGGAAAGAUACAGCUGAUGGGGUGUCCAAAGCUUUUUUGGAUUAUUAUAAAAUGCUCCUAGGUAGUACUUCUGAUAACAGAACACCAGUUAACAAGGAGGUGGUGCAGCAGGGGCCAGUCUGUUUGGCUCAUCAUAAAGUUAUACUCAAUGCUCCUUAUACAGCAGAUGAAGUUAAGAAGGCUCUUUUCUCUAUUCCAGGUAUUAAAGCUCCUGGUCCAGAUGGUUUUGGCUCUUAUUUUUACAAAGAUGUUUGGCAUAUUGUUGGGGAUGAAGUCAUUGCAGCCAUUCUUGAUAUGUUAUAG